AAGAUAAACAAAUACACAUACUGUUCCUCCGCCAUGGUGAACUUUCAGGCGAACACCGGAAGAUGACGUCAACAACACGCGACAUCAUGGCGCUGCAAAAUAUGUUUUAUUAGACAUGCAACCUUUAGAUUAGUAUCUACCGUCGUGGUUUCGUUUAUAUAUUUUUUAGUAUUUAAGUUGCAGUUAAAACAAACUAAAGUGUCGUUGUUGAAUUACCGAAAUAAAAAUCGUCAUCACUAAAAGACGGCUACAAUUUAUAAAUUAUGCAUUUUGAAUUUUAUUUUCCUUAAAAUGUACAGUUAUUUUGAUGUUUGGGCUCCUCUAACGAUUUUGUUCAUCUCAACGAAUAAAGUUAUUUAUUGGAGAAAAAAGUUUUAUUCAAACGCGCAGAGCGGAAGUCGACAGCGAGCGCUUCAACUCACCGCAGGUCUGUCUUGUUUUCAUCAACAGUUAAGCAAACAUGAGCUUGCGGGAGAUCAGUGAAAACCUGAAGAUGGCCCGCGAACACGCCCUGCUGGGGAACUACAGCUCGGCCAGUGUCCUGUACAAGGGAGUGCUGGAACAAAUAAAGAGAAACUUGACAACGCGUGACGGCAACUUCCAGACAAAAUGGCAGCGGUUAUGCCAGGAAAUCAGUGAAGAAAACCGGCAGGUGCAGGAGAUCAUGUCGACGCUGGACAACUUUCAACUGGACACAACGCCGGUCAAACCGCCAGAUGAUGAUUUCGGAAUAAGGCCUGUGCAUGUAGAACAGAAACUUUCUCCUUGUCCAGUCAGACGCUCUUCCAACCCGUACAAAGACUUCAAACCAUCAAACAAUCGGGCAGGUGGGGCAGUGAGGGGUCAGCAGAGACACUCUCCCCGCCGCACCAACGGGGACAAAAGCAAACCGCCGAAGGGCAAAGACAGGAAGGAGGCCAGGGAGGGGAAGGACUCAGGCGGGAGAGCAAAGGACGAUAAGAAUAAAGAAGUGAAAAAGUUUGACGGCACAGGAUACGACAAGGACCUGGUGGAAGCUCUGGAGAGAGAUAUCAUCUCUCAGAACCCGAAUAUUAAAUGGGACGAUAUAGCUGACUUGGAAGACGCCAAGAAGCUCCUGAAAGAAGCAGUUGUGCUGCCAAUGUGGAUGCCAGCGUUCUUCAAAGGGAUUCGGAGACCAUGGAAGGGAGUCCUCAUGGUCGGACCUCCGGGCACAGGCAAGACGCUCCUGGCCAAAGCCGUCGCUACCGAAUGCAGGACCACUUUCUUCAACGUGUCCUCCUCCACGCUCACCUCCAAAUAUCGGGGGGAGUCGGAGAAGCUGGUUCGGCUGCUGUUUGAAAUGGCCCGAUUUUACGCUCCCACCACCAUCUUCAUCGAUGAGAUCGACUCCAUGUGCAGCCGCAGAGGGACGUCGGAGGAGCACGAAGCGAGUCGGCGGGUCAAGGCCGAGCUGCUGGUGCAGAUGGACGGUGUGGGUGGAGCCUCUGAGAACGACGACCCCUCCAAAAUGGUGAUGGUCCUGGCUGCGACCAACUUCCCCUGGGACAUAGACGAAGCUCUGAGACGACGACUGGAGAAAAGGAUCUACAUUCCUUUACCUUCGACUGUGGGGCGUGUGGAGCUGCUCCGGAUCAACCUGAAGGAGCUGGAACUGGCGGCCGAUGUGGACUUGGACAAGAUCGCGGAGCAGAUGGAGGGUUACUCAGGAGCUGACAUCACCAAUGUGUGCAGGGACGCCUCUCUGAUGGCCAUGAGGAGGAGGAUCGAAGGACUGACCCCAGAGGAGAUCCGCAACAUCUCCCGGGACGAGAUGCACAUGCCCACCACCAUGGAGGACUUCGAGUCCUCUCUGAAGAAAGUGUCCAAAUCGGUGUCCGCGUCGGACCUGGAGAAGUACGAGAAGUGGAUCGAAGAGUUCGGCUCCUGCUGACACGCUCCACGUCCUCCAACCAAGUGCACUUAAAACAUCUACCACACUUCCCCAUCAAGCAUUUAUGAAGGCUGAUAUGGGAUCAGUUUCAGGAGGUUUGAUGGCAUCAUUGCUACGUUGUCAAUCACACGCGAUGCAUAAUCUUUAAAAAGCACAGCAGAGGAAGCCUCCUGCAGCUGCUUCUUCUGGACGUUUAGGUUGCCUUUUUUUAGACGUGAAAGUUUUAUAUCAAACCAUUUGUUGCUUCCAAUGUAUCAUAUUUUCCUCUAAAUAAA